AGAAUAAAUAAUUAGCGGACUAUGUAUGAAAAACGUCAUCCUAUCAGUUCCCUGCCUGACUUGAAUAGCUCAUAUAAAGCAACUCAUUGAUGCCAUGCGUACUCCCUGUCUUGAGAUAUGACACAACACUACACCCUUUGGGAGUUUCUCCCCUGUUCAUAAACAGCAUUGCACAUCUGUGUUUGACAGACGCAGAGAACAGCAGACUGUUCAACACUCAUUACAAAAAGGAGGCUAUGUAGGUGAAAAGUUAAGGCAGAGAACCUGGACUCCAGUUAUCCUGCCCUCCUUGCUUUUCAAUGCAACAUACAGCCUCGAUGUACUGGAUUUUCUGGAACAGAAAGAAGUUUUCAGUAUUGGAAUUUGAGUAACAAAAACAGAUGGGAUAUACUGAGCACUGAAGCAUUUAAAUUAAUAUUUGAUAAAUGCACACCAUUUGAAUUAACUCCAAUUGAUGCAUCUAUCUCUAUUGUCUGAAGAUGCAAAGUUCAAAGCUCUCUCUCUCUUAAAAUAACCUCCCAAGAGAAGAAUAAUCUAAAUUGCCAUUGGGAGAGCCACACCAAUGAUUUGGAAUAACUGGGGGCAAACUGGAAGCAAGCAGCAACAAAUGAAGCAGCAGCAGUAACAAACGAAACACAGUACAGAAAAAGAAAUCACAAAGCAACCAUGCAGAAUGCAUUUCUAAUACAGAAAGCUUCCUACCUGGAGACUGUGUCUCCGUAUUUGAAGGCACAGCAUGCAGAAAUGGUCUUCAGAUCUGUCAUCUGCUAGGUGUCUUCAAAGGAAGAUGAAAAAUCUAAAGCAACUUUUAAAAGCCAGAUGUUAGCACACCAAGAAAAAGGAUGGAAGAAAAGAUAUAUAACAAUUCAACCAAUGAUACAACUGCUAACCAUAAACAUUCAGAAGGACAUAGUCUUUGGGAAGUAAUUACCAUUGCUACUGUAACAGCCAUUUUAAGUUUAAUAACCAUUGUGGGGAAUGUUCUUGUAAUGAUAUCCUUCAAAGUCAACAGCCAACUUAAGACAGUAAACAAUUACUAUUUACUCAGUCUUGCUUGUGCAGACCUUAUCAUUGGAAUAUUCUCUAUGAAUCUUUAUACAUCCUACAUAUUAAUAGGUCACUGGUCUCUUGGAAGUCUGGCAUGUGAUUUAUGGUUAGCUCUGGAUUAUGUAGCUAGCAAUGCUUCGGUGAUGAAUUUGCUGGUUAUCAGCUUUGACCGUUAUUUUUCUAUUACAAGACCAUUGACCUACAGAGCUAAACGCACUCCCAAAAGGGCUGGCAUUAUGAUUGGUUUAGCUUGGUUAAUUUCUUUUGUCCUGUGGGCCCCAGUAAUCCUAUGCUGGCAGUACUUUGUAGGGGAACGAACUGUCCCACCUGGAGAAUGCCAGAUACAAUUUUUAUAUGAACCCAUUGUCACCUUUGGUACUGCAAUUGCUGCUUUCUAUAUCCCAGUUUCAGUGAUGACAAUUUUGUAUUGCCGUAUUUAUAAGGAGACCGAAAAACGCACCAAGGACCUGGCUGAACUUCAAGGGUCCAAUUCAGUGGCUGAAUUUGAAAUGAUAAAGCCUCAGAAAACUCUGCUAAAGUCCUGCUUUAGUUGCAAGCAACAGAAUCUGGUCAAAAGGGAAAGAUGCCAGGCUUCAUGGUCUUCAUCCAGCCAAAGUACUUCUGCAACUGCAAAAGCAUCUCAGAUCCAAAAUACUUGUCAUGACUGGUCAAAGACAGACCAGCUAAACACCUGCAGCAGCUAUGCAUCCUCAGAAGAGGAGGAUAAACAUGCUUCUGAUUCUGUCUUUCAAGUAGCUUAUAAGACCUCAGUAAAACACAAUGAUGAAGAGCAUAAAGAUGAGAAAAGGGAAGCUUUUAUAAAAGACCAGCCUAGAGAAAUGGACUAUGAAACUCAGAAAUAUUUUCUAACACCAACCAAAGGUCAUGUUCAGAAAAGUAACAAAUGCGUAGCUUAUAAAUUCCGGUUGGUGGUUAAAGCUGAUGGUACCCCAGAAACCAACAAUGGCUGCCGAAAAGUAAAAAUCACUCCUUGUUCUGCUUCUUUAUCCAAGGACGCUUCCAUCAAAGGCAUGGAUCCAAAUAUAAACAAUCAGAUCACUAAAAGAAAAAGAAUGGUUCUUAUAAAGGAGCGUAAAGCAGCCCAGACUUUGAGUGCCAUUCUUCUAGCUUUCAUAAUCACCUGGACACCCUAUAAUAUAAUGGUUUUGGUCUCCACAUUCUGCUCAGAUUGUAUUCCUCCGACACUGUGGCAUCUUGGCUACUGGUUAUGCUAUGUGAAUAGUACUGUUAAUCCAAUCUGUUAUGCUCUCUGUAACAAAACUUUCAGAAAAACAUUUAAAUUGUUGCUGUUUUGUCAGUGGAAGAAGAAGAAAAUGGAAGAAAAAUUAUACUGGCAGGGUAAUACAAAGCUGCCUUAAAUUUAAAUUAAAGAGUUUGAAAAAUAAUUGACCUCGGCCAAGCACUGUAAAUUGGCUGCAAGUCUUUAUAAAGCUGUUGCUUUGCAUGUCUGGAAACACAAGAAGCACAAUUUAUAUGAUGAUGAUAGAUCCUUGUGGCUAUAAAGAGCAGUCCCAAUAAUGAACAUUUUUAUACUAAAUGGAACAGUAUUGAUGUCAUAUAGAAAGUCUCCUGUCCACAUUUCGGCUAGAUAGAAUAACAGACCUUAAUGAUUAAUGAUGGAAUAGACCCAUAAAUUCAUCAGAGCCAUCUAUCUGGAAAGUAACAUUGUACUUUCCUUCAAAAAAUUCUAAAGCUUUGUCCACUUUAAUUACAGCUCUCCAAUGAAAUGAGGCUUGCAUCACUUGCUGUGCCCUUAUUUGAUGGAAACAAAAGGAAGUAAAACUCCAGUGUUCAACAGUAAAACGUUGAGACUUGAAAGAUUUUAGAAGAUAAACUUUUGGGGAGAGUGAAUUGCAAUGCUACUAUGUUUGUUUGGAUCAUUAUUUUUUUACUGUAGCAACAGAGAGAAGGCUUGUAGGGAGUACACAGUAUGAUGUCAUUUGAAAAUGGAGAAGCCAUUUACAACCCAAACUGUCAAACAAUGCCAACUGC